CUCUUUGAUACGGAGGUUUUUCAGGUCUUUCAGUUUAGAUUUUAACUUUUUAGAUUUCCUAAUAUCAGUUUCCAUUUCAAUCUCUCAGUUGAAAAAUGUAUAUGCACCAGUCGAUUCUGUCCAAUCAGGGAAGCUCCCGAGAAUCAUGCACCGAUAGCUACUGCAACAUGGGCAGAAGGCGCAAACUUUACUGUGUUAGUGGCCUAUAUUUAGAGAUCGGUAAUGAUGGACGUGUAAAGGGAACACGAAAUUACCACAGUCCACAAGUCGUCUUAGAGCUCGUACCAGUAGCAAGAGACCUCAUUCACAUCAGGGGCGUUCACACUGGUUUCUAUCUCGCAUUAAACAAGUAUGGAGAAGUCUACACUACAGUGAUGAGAAAUGAAGAAUGUAUCUUCAGAGAAAAACUGACACGAAACUUCUAUGAUAAUUACUAUUCAUACAAAUACAGCCACCGGGACCUGGCACUAGGGCUCAUGAAAACUGGGCCAGCGGUCUCCAUUUCAAGAACAACAGGCUCCCACAAAGAAUACGAGACACAAUUUAUAACACUGAUUACCUUUUAAAGUAUAUGAAAGAAAAAAGAACGAAAGUCUUAACUGCUUACUUUCACGCGCCGAAGUCACUUGUAUAAACAUGCGUUCUCUGCAAAUCCUUAAAGACAAGUAGAUAUUGUAAACAAAACAGGUGAAUUUUAAAGCUCCCAUACCGCAAAUCCUCAAAUUUCAUUUCAUAACAUAUAAUGUAGGGGUAACCAUGCGUUUUUGCUCU